AUGUUCGAUUUUCCUGUAAAAGUCCUUUCGGCAGUUUCUGGAGUUCUUCAACCGCCUGCUACAACACAAUUAGAUCAACAACAAUCGAAUUUGAUGAAGGGAUGUCUUAGCAAACAUAAAGCGUCAAAAGGUUCAACAUCUUUUACUUCCCAACACCCAAAACUUGUUUAUGCUUCACCGAAGCCUUCAUUUGAUGAAAUUUAUACUGAAGACAAGCAACAGAAUUCACUUUGGUUUGCAGCUCCGGGUGCUGUUUUACAUUUUGGCCUUUUUUGUAUGGAUUCUUUGCCAAGACUUAGAGCCGAAUGUAUUUCUUGGCUUUUUCAUUAUGGCGUUUAUACGAAUUGGUGGGGGAAAUUCUUUGUUGAAGUGCUCAAUCAACAUUUUGCUUCAAAAAUGUGCCAAAAGAAUUUGGAUAGUGCUUUUAUUAUUUUGUCGUGUUUGUGCAGCGAGACUGUUAAAUAUCCACGUCUUCAGACUAACAUUAUUGAACAAUUGGUUCUCUCAGUUCUUACUCAAUUGGGUGUUUCUUCUGCGGAUAAUGGCAUCAACAUUAGCACUUUAAGCUGGUUAUUUUUGGGUGGAGAUUUUGGACCGGUAAAUGAGACAGCACCAAUUGUUGAUGAGGGUCAGAAUCAAUUCUUUGACAAUUUAAUUGACACAACCCUUUCUGAAGCAACAACAAUGACAGCUGCUAAUUUUGCUCCUUGUGCUUUACAUUAUCAAAAUGUUAAAGUCACAGAAUCUGCCUCAAAUCUUUUAUCUGAAAUUUGUCAAUUUGACCCUAUUGCUCUUCAAAUGUUCAAUGCUUCUCGGUUGAAUUUAGCGAAUAACAUCAAUAUUCAACCAAUUGCUCUUUCUGUUGAUUUGCAAUACGGUUUUUGUGUUUCUGAAAAGCAAGCAAUUACAGAUUGUAAUGAUUCUGUAUUCUUGCAAGACACACUUAUAAGAAAUUCUUUUCGUCGUCUUUUACUUCUUCGUUCUCUUUCACCAAGUAACUCUUCGAAUGAUGACAAUAUUCUAAACGAAGAAAAGAGAGAUGAAGCUAUAGGUCAAUGUAUGCAAACAAUUAUGGGUGCAAUUGAUCAACUUUUUGCUAAUCUUCGUGCUGACAGCAAAAAUAGUAAUGUUAGACCAGCAUUUGUUGAACGUCUUUUAGAUUUUUAUUGGCAGUAUCAGUCAGAUAUUGAUGCCUUUCUCAACUCUAAAAGCAAUUUAUCUAUUGCUAAAUCGCCUCUUUUUACUGUCCCAGCUUUGAGCGAUAAUGCUGCAUGUUCUUUUAUUUCAUAUGCUGCAGAUAACCCUUUUAUUUCUGAACUUGUUUGGACUCGAGUACUUACAACUUUGAAUACUUCAAUUCAAAAAAUGGUUUUUUUUAUUAAAAAAUUUUUAAAAUUUUUUUCCAGCCUUAUUUAA